AUGUCUUCUCUGACUUAUAUCAACGAACAGGGCGCUGGUCAGAAACAUAGCGACCUAUGCCAUUAUUCUCAAGCAGUUGUGCUAGGGAACAUUGUUAAAUGUUCUGGGCAAGGAGGUUGGGAGCAGUCCGGCGCUCUGAAUGCCGACGAUAUUCCUAGCCAAGUAGAGCUUGCUUUCCAGAACGUCGACAGGGUGCUACAAGCCUCGGGUCUUCGCGGCUGGGAAGACGUCUAUUCGAUCCGCAGCUACCAUGUUGAUAUCGGCGCUUCAUUUCAUCUGAUUGUCAAAAAGCUCAAAGAGCGUAUCCCGGGUCAUCGACCUAUUUGGACGGCUAUUGCUGUGCCCCAGCUAGCAUUUCCAGCAAUGAGAAUUGAGAUUGAAGUGGAAGCGAUAAAACAACUAUGA